CUCCAUUUCUUGUUCCCUAAACACGGAGUCGCUCUCUCUCUCUCUCUCUCUCUCUCUCGAUCGAACUAGGGUUCAGAAUAUCCAAACCACCGAAUCUCAGCCGUUUAAAUUCCUCUUUGAUCGUUCCUCCCUUUCGAAUCUCUCAUUUUUCACACAAGUAGUGGCCUUUUUUUUUAUUGCCCACGACUUUGCCUCGAAUAUCCAUUAGCCUCGUAGUUGUGUAUAAUUGUUUGUAUCUGUGUGUGAGUUUUGUUAGUUUCGAUCCAAUUGUUAGGGUUUUUUCUUAGAUCGUUGUGAUGAAUCCUCGAGGACGGUAUCCGCCUGGGAUCAGCGGCGGCGGAGGUGGCCGAGGUGGGGGCCUGAACGGAAACCCUAACUUUCAACAGAGAAACUUUCAGCAGCAGUACGUGCAGAGGAGUGCAAUGCAGAAUCAACAUCAACAGUUUCAGAAUCAAAAUCAACAGCAACUUCAACCACAGCAACAUCAACAGCAGCAACAUCAACAGCAACAACAGCAGCAACAGUGGCUAAGGAGGAGCCAGUUAGGGGCUGAAUUGAGUGUUGACGAGGUCGAAAAGACCGUCCAGUCGGAGACCGUUGAUUCGAGUUCACAUGAUUGGAAGGCACGUUUAAAACUUCCACCAGUUGAUACCCGAUACAGGACUGAGGAUGUGACUGCCACUAAAGGAAAUGAGUUUGAAGACUAUUUUUUGAAACGCGAGCUACUUAUGGGAAUAUACGAGAAAGGAUUUGAAAGACCGUCUCCCAUUCAGGAGGAAAGUAUUCCAAUUGCUCUAACUGGAAGUGACAUUCUUGCAAGGGCUAAAAAUGGAACUGGAAAGACUGCCGCCUUUUGCAUUCCUGCUUUGGAGAAAAUUGAUCAAGAUAAUAAUGUUAUUCAAGUUGUUAUACUUGUUCCAACAAGAGAAUUGGCUUUGCAGACUUCCCAAGUUUGUAAGGAGCUUGGGAAACACUUGAAUAUUGAAGUCAUGGUUACCACAGGUGGAACCAGCUUAAAAGAUGACAUAAUGCGUUUAUACCAACCAGUUCAUCUGCUUGUUGGAACUCCUGGAAGAAUACUAGAUCUUGCCAGAAAAGGUGUUUGUGUUUUAAAAGAUUGCUCGAUGCUUGUCAUGGAUGAGGCUGAUAAACUGUUGUCUCCUGAGUUCCAACCUUCGGUGGAGCAGCUGAUUCGUUUCCUACCUGCGACCCGUCAAAUAUUGAUGUUUUCAGCCACAUUUCCUGUUACUGUCAAGGAUUUUAAAGAUAGAUUUUUGCGCAAGCCCUACGUUAUUAACCUUAUGGAUGAGCUUACUCUCAAGGGUAUAACUCAGUUCUAUGCCUUUGUCGAAGAAAGACAAAAACUCCACUGUCUUAACACUCUUUUUUCAAAGCUUCAAAUCAACCAAUCAAUCAUUUUCUGCAAUUCGGUGAAUCGAGUGGAAUUGUUGGCGAAGAAAAUUACAGAGCUUGGGUAUUCUUGCUUCUACAUUCAUGCAAAGAUGCUUCAAGAUCAUCGCAACAGAGUAUUUCAUGAUUUCCGUAAUGGUGCAUGCAGGAAUCUUGUUUGUACAGAUCUGUUUACGAGGGGGAUAGACAUUCAAGCAGUCAAUGUCGUGAUUAAUUUUGAUUUCCCCAGGAAUGCAGAGACUUACCUGCAUAGGGUUGGUCGAUCAGGGAGGUUUGGGCACCUUGGGUUGGCAGUGAAUUUGAUCACUUAUGAGGACCGUUUCAACUUGUAUAGGAUUGAGCAAGAACUUGGAACUGAGAUAAAGCAAAUUCCUCCACAUAUAGACCAGGCUAUUUACUGUCAGUGACCGGUGGUUCAUUUCCUCUAUAUGGUCAGUCGUGGCAAGAAUGGAUUGAUGGGGCCUAUUACUCAAGACGGUAUAUAACUCAGCGUGGGAGGGGGGGUGCAUUCUGCACAUGAGACGGUACGGUAUGGUAUGGUAUGGUGGAAGACUUUUGUUCAGAUGCAAAAACCCUUGAGUGCUUUCUUACAUUUCUAACUUUCUAUAAUCCUGAGACCUGCACAGGACCUUUAAAAUUCUAAACUCAGUGGUAGAAUCCCAGACGAAUGCUGGGUUCACUUAUUGGGUCUGGUGGGUAGUAUUUGCAUUUUAGACUAGUUUGUCACUGUUCAAUGGUAUGUAUGCUUUGUGCUGAAAUACCUUUCUAGUGUUUUCUGUAUAAUUUGCUUAUGGAAGCAUCUUUUGUGACCGA